GGAACAGUUGCUCGGCAACCUUUAUAUGAAACGAAUCUGAAUCUGAAUACCCCAGUUUACCAUCCCGUUAAAAGUGUGUGCGCUUUUCCCAAAUGUGAACAAUGGAGGAUAUUUUGGCCUAUUUUUCGGGUUUUUUCAUAGUCUUCCUAUCCUGUGCCGUGUUAUGUUGUUGCCUGCGUUUCUUGCUCUGGGCCUGCUACGAAGUGUGGCAACCACCGCGGCAAAGCCGUGGGCAGCAGCAUCCUAGUCAGCGCCAACCACGUCGGGAUCGCCAAGGAACUGUUUACAGUGUCUCAGACGAUAGACCGCACAAUCGCUAUGGCGACAUAUUCUUCAUUGAGCCAGGCAGCGAGGAGGCAAAUCGCAUUCGCGAACAGCUAGAGAAGGAUGAAAAGGACUUGCCCAGCUAUGACGAAGUAAUGCGAAUGUGCAAUCUAACUACGCCUACAGCAGCAGCAGCAGUGGCCGGAACAGCGCAACUCCCUCCGACAAUCGAUGGCAAUUUGGCAAUUGGAAUUGCAGCCUUGCCAGCACCUCCAUACUCGGAAGCAGAUCCACAAGCCAGCCCAAGCCAAACAUCCGCAUUCGCAGUGCCCGCCUCCAACCCACCAAGCAUUAACGCCAUCUCUAUGGAGCCAUCGACAUCGCGUGCUGCACAGACUCCAACCAGCCCAGCAUCUGUGACUGUGACCCUACCGUCUACGGUGACCAACACGGAAGUCUGAUGUGUUAUGGGAGUGAAACUCAGCCUGCCAUCGUCCCUGUGCCACUCUGAGCCACACCGAUGUUACCAAGAUCGGCGUGUGCUUCAAAUUAAGUAAUGAAAUGUGUGAUUUUAAUAAGUAUAUAUCGAUUUAAGAACUAGAUAUUAGAGGUGUAAUAUUGUAAAUACAUAUUUAUACAGUUUAGGCUGCAAUAAAUUACUUUAAGUAAA